AUGACCUCACCACAACCUCCAUACUGGCAACAAGGCGGUGCGCCUCCUCCACAGCACAGCUAUCCAGGUCAGCAACCUAGCCAGGGUUACUACCAGCCUCCACCUGGACAACCUCAACAACAACCUUACGGCUAUCCCCAACAAGGCCAGCCUGGACCUCAGCAGAACCAGCAGUAUCCAUACCAAGGUCCUCCAGGCCAACAGCAGUACCCUCCUCAGGGCCAGCAAGGUCAAUACCAGCAACCUCCUCAAGGUUACCCGCAACAGCCACCCUACGGCCAACAACCCCCUGGUCCACAAGCACCAUAUGGACAGCAACAGCCUCCACCUCCUUACGGCCAAGGACAAUACCCUCCUCAGUCCAACUACCCGCCUCAACAGUAUGGCGGUCCCCAGCAAGGCCAACCACCACAUCCAGAUCAACAAUGGCAUCAACAAGCAGGCCAGCAGCAAUACGGAGCACCGCAAUUUCAGGUCGCGCCAACACCAGCUUCUCCAGGCUAUGAUCCAGCUCAGAAGGCUUGGGUCCAGCCGGUAGACACAGCAGCUGACGUCGAGGCUCUUCGCAAAGCAAUGAAGGGUAUGGGCUGUGACGAAAAGGCCCUCAUUCGUGUCCUCGUAAAUCCCAAGUACUCCAACCCGUGGACCAUGGCUCAACUUGUUCGUGACUACAACAGUCGUUUCAUGCGCGACCUUGCCAAAGACAUUGAGAGCGAGACUCGCGGUGACUUCGAGACAUGUCUCUUGGCGUUGAUCCGUGGGCCACUUGAGAACGAUGCCUACAACCUAUCAAAGGCUUUGAACCGAGCCGGCACAGACGAGGAUGCAUUGAACGAUGUCCUGUUGUGUCGCUCAAACGCGGAUAUUCGUGCCAUUUGUACCGAGUACAGGCGUCUUCGAGGCAAGGAGCUCCAUGUCGAUGUAAAGGACGAUGUGGACGACACUCUUUACAGACUGUAUAGCAUGGUUCUAUCGGCUACCCGUGCCGAAGACAGCGCGCCGGUGAUCCCCCAAGAGAUCGAUCAGAAGGUGAUAGAGCUUCAAAGAGCUACCGAAGGAACAAUCGGUGCCAACGCAGUCGCGGUCGCCCAAAUCUUCACCAGCAGCAAUGAUGCUCAGAUACGUGCUAUUAACGAACAGUAUCAGUACAAGUAUCACCGCAGUCUUGAAAGCGUCAUCGAGAAGGAGUUCCGGGGCGACAUGGAAGAUGCGCUCUUGCGUAUUCUGUAUAAUGCUCUGGACCGGGCGAGGUCUGAUGCCGGAAGAUUACAGAGGCCUUUGAACAAGAGCUUUGGCAAGAACCGUCUAUUCAUCAAUAGGCUUGUUAGUCUUUAUUGGGAUCAGGGACGUCUGCAUCAGACAAAGAUGGCUUAUAAGCCUGUGACAGGUUCGACGUUGUCGGGACAAAUCAAGUCUGAGUUGAGUGGUGACUUUGAGCAUUUUGCUUUGGCAGUUAUUGGAGAAAAGUAG